GCGGCGCGGCGCGGCCCCAAGUUUAUGCUAAUCCGCCAGAGCCCGCCCCCCGUCUCCCCGCGGCGGCCCUGAGCGCGCGCGCCGGCCACUCGGCGGGACGCGGCCGCUGCGCAGCCAGGCGGCGGGCAGCGGGCAGCGGGCAGCGGGCAGCGGGCAGCGGGCCGGGCGGGAGCGGCGGGACCUGGCGGCGGCCCCGCGGGCCCAGGUGCGGACGCCGCGUCGCCAUGCGCCCCUGUCGCCUGCAAUUCUGGCUGUGCGCCGUCGCCGCGCUGCUCUCGGGGACGCAGGCCAAGGGCUCUCCGCUGCUCGCGCGGCCCGCGCCGCCCGCAGCCCCCCGCCUCAGCCUCUACACGACGGGAUGGCGCCCUCGCCUGCGCCCGGGGCCGCACAAGGCCCUCUGCGCCUACGUGGUGCACAGGAACGUGACCUGCAUCCUGCAGGAGGGAGCGGAAAGCUACAUAAAGGCUGAAUACCGGCAGUGUGGAUGGGGGCCCAAGUGUCCUGGGACAGUCAUGUACCGCACAGUGCUCAGGCCCAAGUACAAGGUUGGCUACAAGACAGUGACAGACCUCGCCUGGCGUUGUUGCCCCGGCAUUACUGGAGAAGGCUGUCCUGAGCACCUCACGGACCACGGGGCUACCCUACCCCAACUGGAUUCUGAACCCCAGAUUCCCUCAGGUCAGCUGGACCCAGGUCCUAGGCCCCCUCCUUCUGGCGGAAUGGUCCCCAGCCAUCAUGGGAGGAAAGGCCCAGGGCUGUUUGGCGAACGUCUGGAACGUCUGGAGGGUGAUGUUCGGCGCCUGGCACAAGCAUAUAGUGUCCUCAGUGGCUUGGUGGCCAGCCAUAGGGACUCCAGUAGGAUUACUGGUGGCCCCAGGCCUCCUGCUGCCCCUGUGAGCUUUGGGGUCAUCCCCGAGGGGUUUGUGAAUCCAGCAGACAGAGCAGAAAGGCCACUCACACCUCCCCUGAAUGAGCUUUUGAGCAAGGUGACAGAGGUGAGCAACACACUCCGGACCAAAGCACAGCUCUUGGAUGAGGUGCACAGCUUGGCUCUUGACCACGAGGCCCACCUGCAGCAGCUGCGGCAGGCCCCCCCGUCCCCACUUACUUCCCUGACGCUGCUGGAUGAAUAUGUGGACCAAAGACUGCACCGGCUCUGGGGGAGCCUGCUGGACGGUUUUGAGCAGAAGCUGCAAGGUGUUCAGAGCGUGUGUGACCUGCGGGUACAGGAGGUGAGGCAGCGGUGUGAGGAGGGCCGGGCGGCUAGCCGGAGGCUGCACCAGAGCCUGGAUGGCCGGGAGCUGGCCCUGCGCCGGGAGCUCUCCCAGCUGGGGACCCGGCUGCAGGGCCUGAGCGUUGCUGGUGGGGCCAGCUGCUGUGGCCAGCUGGGCUUGAUCCGGGCCCGAGUGGACAACCUGGAGAGGCACCUGCAGGCCGUCGCUGAGGGGCAGAGGGCUUCCCACGGCGGGGACGAGCUCACAGGACUCUCAGCUGCCACACUAGAGGGGACUGUAAACGGGUUGCUUGAGGGCAUAGAGGCCCUCAAUGGGACAGCAGGUGGAACUAAAGGCUGCUGUCUGGAUGCGGAAGAAGGCAGGUGGGAUGUGGGCCGCUUCAGGGCAGUGCUGGAGGAGCGUGUGCAGGGCCUGGAGGAGCGCCUGGUGACACUGGCUGGGGAGCUGCAGCGUGAUAGUGUUCCGCUAGGUAGGGCUGCCCGGCCCCCAGUGCAGACAGAGCUGGCAGUGCUGGAACAACGGCUGGUUUCACUGGAGACCUCAUGCAUGCCCAGCACCACCGCAGCCGUCCUGGACAACCUCGUGACAGAAAUGAAAGCCUGGCAGAGCCGGAGUGAGGCCCUCCUGCGCCAGGUGGCCAGCCACGCAGCCCUGCUCCGGCAGCUCAAUAGCACCAUGGCUGAGGUCCAGGGGCAGCUGGCAGAAGCGACAGGCCGCUCGCUGCAAGGCGAAAUCACCCUGCUCAAGGUCAACUUGAACUCUGUGAGCAAGUCCCUCACGGGCCUCAGUGACUCCGUCAGCCAGUACUCUGAUGCCUUCUUGGCUGCCAACACAUCUCUGGACGAGCGAGAGCGCAAGGUGGAGGCUGAGGUUCACGCCAUCCAGGAGCAGGUCAGCAGCCAAGGCUCAAGGCUCCGAGCUGGCCAACGGCAGGUGUUGAGCCUGCGGGGGGAGCUGGAGCAGCUCAAGGCUGGUGUGGCCGAUGUGGCCGGAGGGCUUAGCCGCUGCCAGGACACAGCCCAGGAGCUCCAGCACACAGUGAACCACUUUGACCAGAGGGUGGCACAGGUGGAGGGUGUGUGUGGGAGGCUAGGGCUGCUGACUGCCAGCCUGGACAGCUUGCCCACUGACAGGCUUGGAGAAGGCCUGUGGGGCCACAUGCACCAGCUGAACCGCACGCUCACUCAGCAUGCACAGGACAUUGCCCGCCUCCAGGAUGACCUGCUGCACUGCCGGGCCCAGCUGGCUGAGCAGGCGUGGCCAGGGCAAGCCAACUAGGUGAGCCAGGCUGGACCCAACCUGCCCCCUCCCCCCGGACUUCACCAACCCUGGGGACAUUACCCCAGAGCCUGGACUGUGCUUCCCAGUCUCCCCAGGUCAGUGCCUCAAGGGCUACUGAAGGAGUCGUCUUGCAUUAGCCCUGUGUGACGAUCCCAGCCACCAAGCUCCUCACUGAGUGUUGUGGCAGCGUAACAGUUGAGGACAGUGGUCCAGGCAAAGGUGUCAUGCCUGAGGGCCAGGACAGACCUGAGAUCUUGCAGCUCAGCUGACCUGGCACCUUAGAAAAACCUGCAGGCCCAGAGGUGGUGACCUGUCCACACCUCCCUGUGCCCCAGACAAUGUGCCCUGUCCCCAGCCUGUGGGGCUUCUGGUUCCCCUGUCCCUUUGGCUUCUCUCCCCAGCUGUCUGGGGCUGGUUUCUGCAGGAAAAUGGUUCCCACUGGCCACUGUCUUGGCACCUGGCAGCUUCACAAAUGUGGUUUAUGAAACCAAGGGCCAGAGGUCCCCACUGCUCCAAGCAGAAACACAAAGACUCAGUUGACCAUUUGCUUUAUUUUUGAUCCUCUCCCAAGGUGAGGGCUUUUAGGCAGCUAUAUAAUCUCUGAGGGGAGGAGUGGAUCCAAGCUCCUUGGGUUUCAGGACACUGGUUCCCCUGCACUCCUCAUUCCCAUUCUGAGAACCCUCUUCCCCACCCCCCCAGACUAGGGCCUCUGUUCAGAGAGCGGCUUAUAUAAAGGAGGCUGCAGCUGGAGUGGGAGGGACUCAGGCCUUGUUGCCAAUACCUCUGUGAAACCCCAGCCCUGCCUUGGGGGGGGGGGGGUCACCCAGUGAUGAGAAGCUCUGGUACAAGACCAACAAGUGACAGUUGUUCAUUUGGCCAUGUCUUUCUAGACCCUCCUGCGCUGAGAUUCCUGGCUGCAGUUUCCCUCCUGUGCUGGUUUGCCAGUCUCUGUAGCCCCACCUUCUGGUUUUCUCAACAUUUGAGAUUCUGCCCUCAGUUGUGGUGCUGUUGGGGAGGGAAGGCCUGGAUUAAAGCUUUUAACUGAC